AUGACUCAUUCAAUACCUUUACCAAAUGAUCUCGCCACACUACUCACAACUUUACGCCUUGAAACCAGUCCUCCUCUGAAUUGUCGAAUAAUGGAUUACGCGCCAAAGAAUGCUGAACACGUAGAUUUUGGUGGAGAAGUGCACUACUCUGCACACCAGCGGUUCCAGGAGCCGCCUUCAAGGCUAGAGCUGAGUCCCGUCGUUUCUGACACACGCAACGCUUGGUGCACAUGGUACUAUCCUCCCGAUGGACAUGACUAUUCGUGUAUAAUCCAACUGGCUACCUUAUACAGAUACCCAAUCAAGAACCUCAUCGGUGGGUGCAGCUCAUUCGGCGCAUUGGCCUACCAUCUCGGGGUUAUUAUGAUGCUUCACAUCAGCAUCGAUUUCAAUCCUAAGAUCUAUGACCCCAAAGGACUCCACUCUGAAGCAAAAAAGACAGACCUCAAAGUUGAAAGCACGGCGUUGCGUAUGACAUUUGUGGGCCAAUAUUUUUCGGAUGAUGAGGCAUCUGUCGAUGAAGAUGAAAUCGAUCGAUCGUUCAAAGAUGCUAGUCAACCAGGACUUGGAUUAUGA